UAAAAAAUAAUUAUAUAAAUAUAAAAAACUAUUUAAGAUUAUUUUUUUAUUAAUUAUUAUUCAGGGAUAUAUAAAAAUUUAAUUUUUUAUAUAAAUGCAGAAUGAUUCAUAUUACACAAGAUAAAGAAAUAUGCAAUGAAAAAACUUAUAUUAUUGUGCAUUUUCUUAUAAUAUUAUUUGGCAUAUCUUCUUGUAUUGGUAUUAAUGGAAUAUUUAUUCAAACAUCAGUACUUAUUAAUACAUCUCCUGAAGGUUGGUCAUUACCAAUUUAUUUAGUAUUAAUAACUCAAACUGCAAAUUUUGGUCCAUUAUUAUAUAUAAUCUUGCAAAUGUACUUCAAAUGUAAGAUAAAUGAACCUUGGUGGAUAAUGUGUUUGUUGGUGUUAGGAACUUUGGCAAUGGGAUUUUUAAGUUUCUUUUAUUCUGAGAAAACUAUUAUUGCUGAUAAUGAAUACAGUUUGCUAUUAUUUGUUUUAACAUUUUUCAAUGCUUUAGUAGGUUGUUUUAGUUCUAUAUUAUUUAUGCCAUAUCUUCAUAAUUUUAAUAUAAAAUUUUUAACAUCGUAUUUUAUAGGAGAAGGAUUAAGUGAUGUAUUGCCAAAUAUUAUUGCUCUGAUACAAGGAAUCGGAUAUACUUCAAAAUAUACAAUUCUUAAAAAUAAUACUAAUGUAGAAUCAUUAGAAUCUUUUGUUUCAAAAUUUUCUCCAAGUGAAUAUUUUCUAUUUAUUUUUAUCAUUUUAUUUUUAUCUUUAGUUGCUUUUGCUAUUUUAGAAUAUUCUUCAGUUUUUCAAAGCAUAAAACAAAUUCAUAAUUCUAUUAAUAUAGUAUUCAGUGAAAAACAAGUAUAUGAUUCUCAUGAUCAUUGUACUAAUAAUAUACAAAAAAUGAAACAUUAUUUAGUAAAUAAUAAUAAAUAUUUAACUAAACAAACACGAAAUUAUUUAUUUAUAUUACUUGCUAUUUUUUGUUUUUUGAGCCAUGGUUUCUUUCCAAGCAUACAAUCUUAUUCCUGUUUAUCUUAUGGAAAUAUAGCAUAUAAAUUGUCAAUUAUAUGUGCUCAAGUUGCAAAUCCAUUUAUGUGUUUAUUAGCAUUUUGGUUUAAAAUUUCAAGUAUAAAAAUUAUUAAUUACUUAUCUAUAAUAUGUUUACUUAUUGGAAGUUAUGUUACAUAUUUGGCAAUAUCUCCAUCACCACCUUUACAAGCAACAAAACUUGGCAUUUUUUUAGUUAUAAUAUCAUGGGCACUCUUAAUGGGAUUUAUUUCUUAUUUAAAAUUAAUUAUUAUAUCAGUAUUUAGAAAUACAGUGCUUUCCAAUAUACUUUUUAAUGUAGGUGCAAUUAUGCAAAUAGCAUCUGCAAGUGGUGCAAUAUUUUCAUUUAUAAUAAUUAACUUUACAAAUUAUUUUGAAGUACAUGAUAAUUGUGCUUAAAUAAUUGAUAUAUUAAAUAUAUAUCUAAUUUGUUUUAUACUGUAUAUGCAAAAUGAUAAUUGUAAUAGUAUUUCUAUUGAAUAUAUCCUUAAAUGAUUUAUAUACUUACAUAUGUAUAAAAUUAUGAUAAUAAUUUUUUAUUAAAGUAAUUUUAAACAAAAUUGAUAAAAUAUAAGAUAUAAAUUUGUAUCUACAAAAAUAUUUUUAUAAUUGUACAUAUGUUUGCAUGAACAUGCUUAAUGAAUGAACAGAUAUGGACAAAUAAAUAAUAUAAAACAAUUAUAGAAAUCAUGAAGGUUAUAAAAAUUAUAUGUAAAAUAUAUAUAUUUUAUCCAUUGUUAUCAUAAGUACUGCCUUCCAAUACUGUACUUAAGAUUAUUAUGUAUAUUCAAUUAAUUUCGAAUUAUAUUCUAAUAAGGAAAAAUCACAUUUAUGUAUCAUAACAUCAAUUGUUUAUAAUAUAUAAAAAUUAUUAUUC